AUGCCGUUAGUAACGAGGAACAUUGAGCCAAGGCACCUGUGCCGUCAGACGUUGCCUAGUGUUCGAAGCGAGCUGGAAUGCAUGACCAACAUCACCCUGGCAAAUGUCAUUCGACAGCUGGGCAGCCUGAGUAAAUUUGCAGAAGACAUAUUUGGAGAGUUGUUUACUCAAGCCAACACCUUUGCGUCUCGGGUGAGCGUUCUAGUCGAGAGAGUUGACCGCUUGCAAGUCAAAGUCACUCAGCUGGAUCCCAAAGAGGAAGAAGUCUCCCUGCAAGGCAUUAACACCAGGAAGGCCUUCAAAAGCUCCACUACUCAGGACCAGAAGCUCUUUGACAGAGAUUCUCUCCCCGUGCCUGUCCUUGAAACCUAUAGGACCUGCAACACUCCUCCACCUCUCAACAUUCUCUCACCUUACAGGUAUGGCUGCAACACCUUCUUGCCAUUCUACACAGAUCCAUCAUAUUUCUUUGACCUUUGGAAAGAGAAAAUGCUUCAGGACACCAAGGAUAUUAUGAAAGAGAAGCGGAAACAUAGGAAAGAGAAAAAGGAGAAUCCAAACCGAGGAAAUGUGAAUCCGCGGAAAAUCAAAACCCGGAAAGAAGAGUGGGAGAAGCUGAAAAUGGGACAAGAGUUUGUUGAGUCGAAGGACAAACACGGUCCUACCGGGUACCCCUCUAACAUGGUGUAUCAGAACGGCAGCAUCGGUUCAAAUGAAAGCAUGGACGUGAACUGCUACCCGCCACCGCCGCAGACUGACUCUAUUGUGCCGCCACCUCCUUCAUUCCCAGAUGACAGCCUGCCUCCACCCCCGGUGGAAUUUAGCUAUCCUGUAGACAACCAAAGAGGUUCUGGUUCUGGAGGGACCAAACGGUCCAGCCUGGUUAGCCCGAGUCACCCACCACCAGCUCCUCCGAUCGGAUCCCCCUCAGCAGCCAGGCCAGGCUUUGCUCCCCCUCCGGCACCACCGCCGCCACCACCGCUGAUGGGAAGCACCCCCCCUCCACCACCUCCAAUGGGCUUCCCGUCCCCAGGAACCCCACCACCACCCUCGCCCCCGUCUUUCCCUCCUCACCCCGAGUUUGCUGCCCCGCCACCGCCACCUCCCCCUCCAGCAGUCGAAUAUGCCAGUGUGCUCCCACCUCCGCUGCCACAGCCGGGCAGUGGGAGUGCGCCACCUCCCCCGCCACCGCCGCCUCCUCCUGGCCCACCGCCUCUGUCUUCCAGUGGCCUGGAUGGGCCCCCACCCCCACCUCCACCCUCAGACACCUCUGCCUCCAAGCCCAAGUCAUCCUUGCCUGCGGUUAGCGAUGCCAGGAGUGAUCUACUUUCAGCUAUUCGUCAAGGCUUCCAGCUCCGCAAGGUGGAGGAGCAGCGGGAACAGGAGAAGCGGGACGUUGUGGGCAAUGAUGUGGCAACGAUCCUGUCACGCCGCAUCGCUGUGGAGUACAGUGACUCUGAGGACGACUCUUCAGAGUUCGAUGAGGACGAAUGGUCGGAUUAAUCAUGGUCCCGUCCCCUUCUUCCCCUUCUCUCCUGGGUUAACAUCUUCUUAAAGAAUCAGGUGGCCAAACCUUCCACCGCUUCCUUUUUCAUCCCGUAACCAAAGAUGUGCCAAGGGUUUUCAGACAACCAGCAGCAUGUCUCCCGUCUCCCUCCCCCUCCUGCUUUGGCAGGACUUUGUGCUCUGCCUUUCUAAAAGGUCUCCUCACGGACACUGAGGAUGCGGUGUUGGGAUUUAGCUGGAGGGAGUGUAACGGUUGCUUAUUUAAGAGAGCGCUAAACCUCCAGAUUCUCGAUGCCACCAGGCAGAGCACAUAUAAACCCUCCAUCCUGAGGGAUUUUUAAAGUAAAGAUGGAUGAUCCGGUUGCGGCUGCGUGGCCUUUCAGAUGAAGGACAUUUUCAGCUAGUUUUCUCAUUGCAACAGCAGACAGUUGAUCUGAUGGCUCUUCCUUUCCAGUGAAUACUGGUAGUGCUGCAAGAAAAUGGGCUUUAAAUGUCAGUUCUCUGCUGCAUCCCACUGUCAAAUAAUCAGGUUUUGGCAAUAGUGCACAAUUCUUUCCCCUCUGACCCCCUAGUAUUAUUUCCAGACUACCCUGCAUGGGGUGCGCUUCCUGGCUCUAGGGCUGUGGAGUGCGUUGGGUGCAAUGUGA